AUGUCUAGUAAAAUGUCACCACGUUCUCGUCGUCGUAAGCAUGCCGUGUCCCAACUGAACAUAAUGGUAGUAGGUUUUCGUUCACUUGGUAAGACGUCCUUCAUCCGAAUGCUUUUUGAGACACUCAACAUCCGUAAAAAUUCAAAAGACGAGACGGAGCUACCUGCUUCUUUAUUCAAAAGCGCUGAAAGUGUGCGGGACGCAGAAGCAGCGCGCACGAAAGAAUUGUAUUCUUUCACCUUGGAUAUUGAAGAAGAAGGAGAAAAAAUUUCGCUGACUUUGGUCGAUUGUCCUGGGUUUGUGAGGGAUAAUGAACUUCGACUUGACGUACAGGUUACAGAAGCAUUGAGAUAUAUUGAAGCGCAAUUUGAUCAAACAUUAGCCGAGGAAACCAAAGUAAAACGGAAUCCAAAAGCUCAAGAUAGUCAAAUUCAUGCUUGCCUGUAUUUUAUCGAUAACGCAAAUAACGGUUUAACCGAACAAGAUAUUCGCAUUUUAAAACGGUUAACCGCUCGUGUUAAUGUUAUCCCGGUAGUUGCUAAAGCAGAUUUGCUCACCAACACACAACUUGCAAACCUAAAAGAUGCCAUUAAAAAGGAUAUAAAGGCGCACCAGAUUCCUGUUUUCGAAUUUCCAGUAGACGAAGAAGCGGAACCAGAUAUGGCAGUUGAAAUUGCAAACGCUCAAUCUCAAAUUCCAUUUUCUAUUAUUGCUCCAGAAGACGCUGAUAUUACGGAUCCAAACACGGGGGAAAAGAUUCGAGGACGUCAAUAUGCUUGGGGCAUCAUUGAUUGUUUGAACCCAAUUCAUUGCGACUUUAUCGUAUUGAGAAACGUUCUUUUAUCGAGCCACCGUAAACUUUUCAAGGAUAUUACCCUGGAGGUGUUUUAUGAACAAUAUCGUACUGAAAGAUUGAUGGCCAGAAAGGCGAGUAAGAUGAUCACCAAGGAACAGAAGAAGAAACUGAUGGAGGAUUUGUCGGAAAUUUAA